AUGUCGCACCGAGAGAGCUCCAGCGUCAAAAGCACGGAUUUGAUGGACCAUGAGUGGGCAAUGAUCAAGCAAGAGAUUGGACACUUCGAUCCUCUUCACACCGGUUAUAUUCCCAGAAAGCAGUUGGGAAACGUUCUGAGACAAUUAAAACUGAUACCCACAGAUGCUGAAGUUGAGCAGAUCGGUAAUCAUCUUGAUGUCCACAAGACGGGUAGCAUAAAAAUUGAACACAUCUACCCGGUUGUUCGUACCUUAUGGCCCAAAAAUCAUAUGCAACUUGAGAACCAACUUUGGGAUGCAUUCAUGUUUUUCGACAAAGAAAUGAAGGGCAAGAUAACGCAACAAGAGUUGAGAAAAAUUCUCUUAACUUAUGGGCUGGAGCCACUUCCAGAAAAGGAAGUGAAGAGAAUUAUUUAUGAAUUCACAGACCCAAAGGAUGGCAUGAUAGAAUAUGGUGCGAUUAUUCGAGCAUGGAUGAAGUGA